AUGGAGGUGGGCUUGAGGAUGUAUUUUGGACCACUUUUUUUGCAUUUGAGCUUGCAUCGCGACGCAAUUUGGGCCCCACCAAGAAAACAAACCAUUUGAAACGGAAUGCCAAAGAAAAUAAAAGUUGGCCAAAAUUCCGUGAAAUUUGGCCAAAUAGACAUGAAACCCUCAAGAAUAGCCGGGCCGAGCACGUAGUCUACUUGUAAGUUUUUUUAUUUUGUAUUUUUCUUCAAAGUUUAGAUUAUCAACCAUGGAGCACAUACAAGAUUAAGUGUUUAUGACUAUUUUAUGACCGAUAGAUAAGGUUGCCGUGUUUUGGCAGCGAGAAUGGACAUUGAUCUUACCGAUAAUAGGGGUGUAUUGCUCUAGUUUAGAUUUUAUAGGACUAUAGAAAAGUUUUGUAUAGUUUGAGCAUAGAACAAUGUUUCUUUUCGUUCCCUUCUCCCUUUUAUUCCAAUUUUAUGGGAUUAUGGAUGUCCAGCGGAAAGAUCAAGGGCUUCUUUUGCGUUAGGAAUUCUUUUCAUGGGGUUUUUUGGUUGGAAUUACAAAAGAUUUCUUUUAAUGUAGAGCAAGGUCAGAUAGAAAGUAUGGUGUGAAAAAGACGUCAGAUUGCCGGGAUUUUUUUAUAGGAGAAGAAAGAGGUUAGGAAAGUGUCAUGUGGGUAUUUUUGGCCUGCAAUGAGUCAUAGGUUAAUUUAGACUGACAAGUUUUCAAUUGUUCUCUACAUCAAGAUGAAAUUUGAUGGUUGCGGUGUUUUAUGUCAAAAAAGUUCGGUGUUUUUAUGUCAAAAACUCGCUAAAAGGCUUUUUGAGGGUUUACAGGUCAUAAACGCGCUGAAUUAGCAGUUUUGCUGGGCAACUCUAAAGAUUUUUAUAUUACACUACCUAUGAGAUAGAAGAAACGGCCCAAAACUUGAUGUUUAUUCAAAAUUGCUGGCGGAAAUUGGCUCCAAUACAAGCUAAGAGCCUCUUGUUUUGCUUCAAAGUUGUAAAACCUUUAAAAAUGUUCGAUAAGAAUCGCAGAACACUCCAAACGUACCGUCAAGUCCUCACACCCUUGGGCACAACUCACUACACUCCCGCUCCCAGCCCCAUAAUUGUUUUCCGCGCAGUUCGAAAAGAGAACGGUCCGUAGAAUCGCGAAAAAAACUUUAUCACAAGCGCGCCUUCAACUGAAAGUUUUGCGUGUGUUUAGAGCGCGGCCGGCUGCAGUUUUUACAUUGUUUUCGGUUGUGACGACUGAUUCACUGUAAACCCCGCCUUCGUUUCGGUGUUCUGGGGUCGGGAAUGAAGUCUGAAGUACUUAAGGAUCUGAGUUCCAAGAUGUUUCAAAGAGUUCGUUACGUUUUGAAGGGGAAUUGAAGGUGAUGGGGGUAGUGUAAGAUAAUUUUUAUGAGACAAUUGGGUGGUCUAGAUGUUUUUUGAUUGCUAAUUGAUCGAGGAACUUAGAAAUACAAGAAUUUUUUUGUUUUGAGGUUUAAAUUUUAGUGAACGAGCAAAAGUUUUCAAUUUUAUACCUAAAAUAAAAUAAAAUUAUAAAUUUUUGACCGGAUUUUUGUCCAAUUUUGCUAUUUAUGGUAAAAUACACCCUUGGAUGCUAUUCUGUUGAGUGCAUCAUUAUUUUCACAUAAAAAUUCUGAUUUCGCUCAGUUUUAUAUUAUACAUGACAAAAAACUCGAAAAAGCUCAAUUUUCUUCAAAAUUUUCCUUAUUUUUUCUCAGAAAUCUUAUCAGUAUUAUCGAUGUUUCAGUGGCCCCAACAUACAAUGAGCAGCGCUGCCCCCAAGAAUGUUGGAAUUCAAGCAUUGGAGUUCUAUUUCCCUCGACGAUACAUCGAACAAACCGCUUUUGAGAAGGUAAAUUUAGGUUUUGAUCGAAGAGUCGUGUUGUAAAAUACAGGGUGGGCCACUCGAAACUCCCAACAUCUUUUCAGGUAUUUCUCCGCCAAUAAUGCACCAAUUUCUAUAAAAUUUAUAUCAAAUUGAAGCUGAGACACCCCAUUUCUUGUCCACCAAAAAUGGCCCGUCUAACUUCACGGAAGCACCCGUACUGACCUUUUACAUUUUCAUUCCAAAUUUUGGAGCCCGAAAUCGGUGAAACUUAGAAUUUUUUUGGAAUGAUUUUCAAUUGAGUUUCUCGGACUUGGAAAAUCUUUGGAUUACAGGCAAUAAAAAAGUCGCCAAAUUCGCGGAAAAAAUUUUAAAACAUUGAAGUUUACGCCCGUACCAAGUGCGUUAAACCCAUAUUUCAAUCAGGCGAGGUACCAAUCGGGGCGAAUGAGAACAAAAACUGUUUUCUCGGGCAAUCUAAGCCUGGAAAGUUUCUAUGCAUUUUCGGGAUGGACGUAAUCAUGCAUGUAGACAGUUUCUAUCAUUUUUUUAACAUUUUGAAAAAUUUCGAAUAAUUAAGCCUAUUGCCCCAGAACACAAAAGCAACGCCUUGAAAAUUUUUUUUUGACUAUUCCGUUGACUGCCAUAAUUUUUUUUCUGCUGCUUAUAAAAGUUUUAUUUAGUUGAAGGCGCAAACACUUUCCAAUUCCGAGAAACUCAACUGGAAAUCAUUCCAAAAAUUUUCUAAGUUUCACCGAUUUCGGGCUCCAAAAUUUGGAAUGAAAAUUUAAAAGGUCACUACUGGCGCCUCCGUGAGGUUAGACGGGCCAUAUUUGGUGGACAAGAAAUGGGGUGUCUCAGCUUCAAUUUGAUAUAAAUUUUAUAGAAAUUGGUGCAUUAUUGGCGGAGAAAUACCUGAAAAGAUGUUGGGAGUUUCGAGUGGCCCACCCUGUAGUUGUAAUUUCUGUUUUGAGACUUUGAAAUAAUUCUUUUGAAGUUUUAUAGCCAUUUUUCUCAAUUUUUGACCUAAAUUUAUGUUAUUUUAGGCAAAAUUGCAAAAUUUUUAAUUUUUUCAUUUUAAAUAUUGAUUUUUUGACCCUAAAUAGCUGUCAAAUUAAGAUAAAAGUAAAAUUCCAAUAUUCUGUUUAAGUAAUUUUUCAGUUCAAUGGCGAAUCGGAAGGCAAGUACACGAUUGGGCUGGGCCUAAAACAGAUGGGCUAUUGCGACAAUAACGAAGACAUCAACUCAAUUUGUCUGACCGCAACCGCAAAACUCCUCGAACGAUAUAAUGUGGACCCGUUGAACGUUGGGUACCUAGUUGUGGGCACUGAAACCACCAUCGACAAGAGCAAGUCGGUCAAGACGAGUCUGAUGGAACUUUUCUCCGCCAACCCCAAUAUUGAGGGCGUGGACAUCAAAAAUGGAUGCUAUGGAGGAACUCAAGCCCUCUUCCAUGCUGUGGACUGGGUGUAUUCGAACUGGGAGACUGAUGGUAGGGAGAUUUGAGGAUUUUUUUUGGAGAUGGGUUGAUGGGCAGUAUAAUAUAAAAUUUUGAUGGGAAUAAGGAAUAUUGAUGGUUUAAAAAGUAUUGUGGAAUGUUAAGUAGGGUUUUGGUAUAUUUUGGACAGUGAACUUUGAAUUAAUUGGAGUUUUUUGGAUUUUUGGUGGCUAUUUUUGGAGUACUACCUAGUGUAAUAUAAAUUUGGAUGGAAAUAAGUAAUAUUGAUGGCUUAAAAAGUAUUGUGGAAUGUGAAGUAGGGAUUUUGGUACAUUUGGGACAGUGGAACUUUGAAUUAAUUGGAAUUUUUUUGAUUUUUGGUGGCUAUUUUUGGAGCACUACCUAGUGCAAUAUAAAUUUUGUUAUUUUUGGUUUUGUGAUGGAUUCUGAAAGUUGUAUGAGGUUUUUUGAGAAUUAUGAUAGCGAAUAGAAGCGUCUGUAGUUGGGGUAUAACGAGAAAUAAUCAAAUUUUAGGCGAAUUUUGGGUUAAUAUCUAGUGUAAUAUAAUUUUUAAGAGUUUUUUGAAUUUUUCUUUAUAUUUGAGGCUAAAAUGGGGUCUGACAAAAAUUUUGGGGCCAGCUGUAUUGUUUGAAACUGUAAUUUGGCAAGUGAGAAAAGUUUAGUAAGCAAAAUUUAUAAAUUUUAUAUUUUUAGGCCGCCUCGCCAUUGUUGUGAGCGCCGACAUCGCGGCGUAUGCCCCAGGUCCGGCCCGAUGCACCGGCGGAGCAGGCGCCAUGGCCUUCCUGGUUGGACCAAACGCCCCAUUGGCCCUGGAACGAGGCCUUCGAACCUUCCACAUGUCCAAUGUUUACGAUUUUUACAAGCCUUGCAAAGGAAUUAACAGCGAGUUCCCGUUGGUGGACGGAAACUUGAGCAUGGUCGCAUAUCUCAGCUCGGUCGAUGAGUCCUACAAACGGUACAAAGAGCGGCACGAAACGUUGCAUGGAACUAGUGAGUUGGGGUUUGAAGAGAGGGAGAGGAUUUUUUGGAAGUUAAUUUUCGAAAUUUUAGCUCCGAAGGCCCAGGAUUUCGCCGCGAUUAUCAUGCAUUGCCCAUUUUAUAAGCUCGUGCAGAAAGGCUUGGCCCGAAUUUACUACCAAGAUGCAAUUGGAGGCCUAGAAACGGGAGAACCGGCCACCGCAUUGCUGAAAGCCAGAGGGUAAGACCUUUUAUUUGAGAUUUUUAGCAAUUUUUUACCUAAAGUAACAUAUGUUUGUCGAAAAAUUGCGAAUUUUGGACGUAGAAAUGUUUUUUAUAUUGUGUAAUUUCGUAUUAUAGCGAGCUAAGUACCAAUCAGACCUAUUUCGAUAAGAAUUUCCUGUCCACGGCCGCGAAAUCAUCGAAGGAACUGCUCAAUUCGAAAGUCGCCCCGAAUAUCACCUUCAACCAAAGAAUUGGAAACAUGUACACACCCUCAAUGUACGCUCAAUUGGUCGCGUUCUUGGCCAGAACAGCGCCGGCGGAGAGUUUGAAUGGCCAGCGAAUUCUCGCCUUCUCGUAUGGAUCAGGCUCGGCGGCGGCGAUGUACUCAAUAAAACUGAAUGUAAAUCAUGAUAAUGGCAAGGAGAUGUAUAGAAGGAUAUAUGAAUGUGCAACGGAAGCUGUAAAGCGACUGGAAGACCGGAUAUUAACCACUCCCGAGGAGUAUACUGAGGUAAGGGAGCUGUUUCAUAUUGUACAUGGGAGCUGAUGGGAGAAUUUGGAAAAUUGGAUGGUUUUUGAGAUUUUUGGGUGAAAAUGAGGGUAUAUCGUAGAUUGUUGAGUUAUCUAGAGUCUAGGCUGUCAGUGGAGAGUGAUAAAAAUUGAUUCCUGAGUGUAUGUCCACGUAGGAGCGCUGUUUUAUACUGUACAUGGGAGCUGAUGGGAGAAUUUGGAAAAUUAGAUGGUUUCAGCGAUUUUUGGGGGAAAAUGAGGGUAUAUCGUAGAUUAUUGAGUUGUAUAAGGCCUUGGCUGUGGCUAGGAAAUGAUAAAAAGUGAUUCCUGAGGGUAUCUCGCCGUAGAAGAGCUGUUUUAUAUUGUACAUGGGAGCUGAUGAGCGAAUUUGGAAGAUUCGGGUUUUUAAAGCGGGCUCUAAUAAUUCACAUGAUUUGCGAUGUGCAUACGAUAAUUAGAGGCUGUUAUGUAUCACAUUAAUAUUUCAACAGACAGUUCUAGGAAGGAUAAAGCGGUAGAGGAAGGGUUUUAUAUUGUACAUGGCAACUGAUCGGGGAAUUUUGGAAAAUUGUUGUUCUUGCGUAGUUUAUGAGGAAAGCAAAUGACUACUAUGUGGAGUAGAGGAGAAGAGGUCUUUAUCGACCAGUAAGCGCGAGUUCUAAAUUGAAUUUCUUUUGUAUUUCUGGGUUUUUGAGCAAAAAUAAUUUUAUCGUAUAAAUUGUCCCCGAGUGCAAAAAGGUGAAUGGUUUACAAAAAGUAGAGUGCUGUUGAUACUAGGAUUUGAAAAUAGCUGUUUUUGAAAUAUUUGAAGAGUUUUUGAAGUAUGCUUUAUUUUGAUUUUUUAAAAUUCUUUUUACACUUUUUUCGUUGAUGCAAAGUAAUUUCUUUUCCAGGCAAUGUCCCGCCGUCAAGCCCUCGCAGAAGCCGAAAAAGGCACCACCCCAGUGAAGCCGGACCAACUUUUCCCGGGCACUUUCUACCUCACCGAAGUCGAUGAUCUCCAUCGACGGUUCUACAACCGCACGGAAUGA